UUUUGGAAACAGAAGCUCUUCCAGUACCGUUGAAUGAUGAAGUUGAGAAUCUGCAGCUAUCACCAUUCCCUGAAUGUGAAGUACAGAAUAGGAUUGGAAUUGCUUCAGUGCCUGGAUCUACCAGAGUAACUGGAAAUGCCUCUAUCCCUACAGGACAAGAUCAAUUUUCGAAUGGUCCUUUAGUUAAUGGUCAUGGAAUGCGUACUUCUGCAAAGAGGAAGGCAAUGAGUGAUUCAGAGGAAAGUAGUUUAGAGAACCCAAACACAGGGGAGAUGGAAGACAUUGCACAAUUAGGUAGCAACGCGUCAGCUAAAUCUGGCCAUGGAUCUGAAAGUGGAUCAGAAUCAGUUCCUGGAUCGGAUAAAGACCACAUUGAAGGAGAUCACGAUUACAGCAAGGCUGUGAGAAGAAAGGCAACAGGAAAAGGAAAUAUAAAAAGCAAGGUUGUAAGAAGGAGACGGCGGAGGAGGAAACGCUUCAGAUUUUCAAUACCAGCGAACAAAUAUAAACGGGCAAAACUAUUAGAUGAUUGGUUUGAUGACGAUGAAUUGUGUGUCGAUCGAUUGAAUAAAUGCUCCACAAUUAGAACUAGAAAUCAAGGUAGAAGGACGGUUUUGUAUAAUGAUGACUCUGAUGACGAUGGCUUUGUCCCAGCUGGUGAACGUCUAAACCUUGGUACGUCAAGAUCGGGAAGAAUGCGACGAAUGACAGAAAAGGCUAAGGCAAGUCAUUUAAUGGGAUGGAGUCACUGAUCAUAAAAGCAGAGAACUUUUCAAACUGAACUUAUUACAUUUGUACUGCAGGGAUAUGAUAUGCACAAUUUUUAUUAAUUUAUGAGAUGGGGUUGGGGGGCGCGAUGUGGUGUCAAGAGAGCCUUUUUUUUUGUAGUGGUGCUGAUCUGGUUGUCAAACUGCACUUCGGUCUUCCAAACUUGCUUACCAUCUGCAGAAUCCAACCUCAAAGGCAGUGUAGCCUUAACAUAUUAAAAGAUAUCUCUGAAGCCACUGAUGCACAAAGUCACUAACAGUUAUGUAAUAGGAAAUACCCAUCUAUUUGCCACGACACCUUGAACAUACCUGGGCAGUGUUCCUGAUCUUGCGCUUUUUUGUAUGUCGAACACACAGCAGAAUUUGUUGAAAUUCUAGCCAUAACCUCUUACCAUACAGUAAUAAGCCUAUCCAAGUUUUUUGCACAGUUCUUCCAUUCUCAGUGGCAGCUAUUAAAGGUUUACAGUAUGUAUAUUAUUUACACUAAUUAUGUUUUUGACUUAUUUGAUCUGCACUGGCUUUUUUUCAAAAUCAGGAUUGAAUUGUAAUAUAUGUUACAUGUGUUAACUUGUUUUUAUUUGAAGUUGAAUUUUACUUCACUGGUAGAUUUUGUCUUCCAGUGAUGGAAAUAAUGAGCAAAUAAUGAUUGGUGCCUUUGUAAUGUGCUGAAUAUAAGUACUUGAGUGAUAUUUGAUAAUGUUUUGCUUUAACUCUGUACAAGUUGAGGAAUAUGAAUUUUGAAGCAUUCUGAAAUGCUUUUCAAAUGUUUACACCCUUCAACAUUGCAACAUUUAAAAAUGUCUGUGUUGUGUGUUUUAGCUUUUAUGAACUUGCUAUUUUAUCAGCUUUCACGCCUGUAUUUUCUAUGCCGUCCUUCUUCAGCAAAGAAAAAUGCAACAAGAAUUGUUUCAUUGCUGACAAUGCUAUUCUUUGCUUAUCUUUGUAAUAUGACAUAUCUGAUUUAAUGUCACUUAUCAGGAGGCAAACCUUGUAAUAGUGAAUGUCUGCGUCUAGAAGAUGAACCAGCAAGAAAAUCUUUAUAGGCAACCAAUAUGGUUUUUCUAAGAACUUGGAUAUGACUUCAAACUGCUUUUCCAUCAAAAAAGAUUCCUAAGUCACUGUAUGCUUUGCCUACAUGGCAAUUCUAGUUUCUCUGCCUGUCUGUCUCUCCCACUCUAUUUAGUUCCCUUUCUUUCCUUUUUUUUGUUCUUCUCCACUCUCAAAUUGACCCAGGUUAGUAAAUUCAGAAUAUGAGUUCAAACUGUUGGAAUUGGAUUGGAAAUUGGACUAAUGCCUUUCGACAGUAAAGAAAUGCUUGGGGGUCUUGAAUCUGAAGUCUUAUUCUCCCCAAAUAAAGUAUUUUCUUCAUUUGUAAUUUAAAUCUACGCUUUAAAAAUUAUUUUUAUGGACUAAGUACACUUUAGAGCAUUAUCAUAUUUAUUUAUUUUAUGGCUGGUUUCUGUCCACAUUUGACUCAUCAUUUUCUGUUUGUAUGUAUUUGAGUACUGAGGUUGAUACAUGAAACACCUGUUGUUUGUAUAGAUAGAACCAGCUAUAUUAUGUUAGUGUUCUGUAGGGGGAAGAAAAUAAUUGCAAGGUUUUCUGAGAAAAUCAUAAUGUUAUCAGUGUAUGUGAAUACACCUUAACAAAUUCUACGAAUUGCUUUUUCCCUGCAGUUUGCAUAUGACAUUAGCAUGACAGAGGUGCUGUAAAAUUGUUUAAAUGAUUUUUUUCACGCAAAGCGUUUCACUAAAGUUGCUUGAGGAACAAUAACAUAUGCAAUUAAAGUUGUACAGGACAAAUCUGUAGUCCUGUUUAUUUUUCUACAGAAUGUGUGCAUUGUGCACAUGGCUUCAUUAUUUUGUAUAAAUUACACAAAUCUUUAUAAAUCAAUUUGUUUUUUGGUAAAAUGUCCUAAUUAUGUCUGCACAAUCAAAGGUUCAGUCUUAAGAAAUACAUUUUUAAAACGUAUAUUGCUCACAGCAAGUAUUGAAUUGCAACUCUAGUGAAAUGCCUUACUAAUUAUUCUCCAAAGAUUUGAUGGUAGGAAGGUACUCUGCGUGAGUGUGUGAGUGUGUGUGUGUGUGUGUGUGUGUGUGUAUAUACGCGUGUACGUGCAUCUAAUCUUUCCUCUCCAUAAGAUCAUGCAGCACAUUUUUUCUAAUCUGUGAACAAGCAUUGUAUUAAAUUCUUUCAGUCCUUGCUGCCAAUUUGAGCCAAAAUCUCCAGGUAGGUGAUUUUUAAAUGGACCAGAUUGCAACAAUAAAUUGACUUUCAGGGGACAUGAUUUCACCAAAUUGUUAAUUUUGGUGUCAGUCUCUAUUUAUAUAUGUACCCAUAUAAAUAUAUUUUAAAAAGUCAGCAUUUCAGGGAUUUUUCUUGCCAUAUGGGCAGACCAAAUGUAAUGUUGAUAUGCAAUGAUUUACUGUGAGUUAGUUGACCAUUUUUAUACUGUAAAAAGUGUAAAUAUGUAAGCUCUUUGUUUAUAAAAGUUAUUACACUUGUGUUCA